ACAAAAUACUGUCAUUUGCAUAGCAAGAAUAAUAAACGCGAAAGUUGCCAGCUAAGUUUGGAUCAUAGACUGGAAAAGAAGCAUCACCGAACGGGAACGUUCUUCACGGGUGGUUUGUUUCAGCGGGAAUUUAUUUGUAUGAAACACCGCGUUUCAUGUGACGUCGUCGAAGUUUACAAAAUUGAUCAGAAAUUCAAGCCGAUGCCGUACAAAAUACACCUCAUACUUAAUGGUGAGUUUGGCGUGUGUGUUUGUGGAUGAUGACCGAGCUACUUAGCAUCCAGUCUACGAUGUCUCCUUAGCACUGUAAUAGUUCUGACUGUCGGCCCGGUUGUUCGGUUUUAUUUUAUCCUGUGCUCAUUUGUCAACAUGGAGCAGACAGCCAGCGUCAACGCAGAUGUUAUUCAACGCUCUGACAUUAAUGGUCGUUCUACACAAUGGCGCAACUAUAUUGGAUUUUGGCUUCUCGGAUUGUGCAACAACUUUGCUUAUGUGGUAAUGCUGAGUGCCGCCCACGACGUCCUCAAAAAACAAGAGUCAGGAAACGCCACAGUAUCUGCUUCAGCCACAUUGGCUGUGGGUUUCCAAGGUGGGAACAGUAGCAACAGUAGCCGCUAUGACUGCAAUCCUGUCUCUACUGCGGCUGUGCUGUUAGCUGACAUCCUUCCAACACUCCUCAUCAAGCUGUUGGCUCCCUUUGUGAUCCACAAACUGCCUUAUGGUAUGCGAGUGUUGUUCUGUGCCAUCAUGGCAACAACAAGUUUCCUCCUUGUGUCCUUCUCCUCAACUGUGUGGAUGAGCAUUCUAGGAGUGAUCUUUGCCAGUAUCAGCUCUGGACUGGGAGAACUGUCCUUCCUCUCUCUCACAGUCUUCUUCAGCAGGGAUGUACUGGGAGGUUGGGGCUCAGGUACUGGUGGUGCUGGUGUUGCUGGAGCCUUCCUCUACUCAGGCCUCAUCCAAGUCGGCCUGUCGCCCAAGAUCACACUUCUCAUCAUGCUGGUGGUCCCAUUUGCAAUGUUGAUUAGCUAUUUCUUCCUGCUGGUUCCUCCACCUUCAUUACCUCAGUGGAAAAGCAGGGAGACAGAAUAUGCAGCUGUGGCCUCAGAGGAGAGACAGCAGCUGAUGGAUGGAUCAGAAGAAGAGGAGCAGGAGAAAUCAACCCCAGGCCAUGUUCUCUUCACCUUAAAUGUAGCAGAAGACAGGACCACUGGACCUCUCACCUUCACAGAGAAACUGCAUGUCAUCAAAGGCUUGCUGAGGUUUGUGUUUCCCCUGGGACUGGUCUACUUUGCUGAGUACUUCAUCAACCAGGGCUUGAUGGAACUCCUGUAUUUCCCCAACUUUUUCCUGUCCCAUGCAGAGCUGUAUCGCUGGUACCAGACGCUGUACCAGGUUGGUGUGUUGGUGUCUCGAUCCUCCCUGUGUUGUGUGAAGAUCAGGAAACUGUGGGCUCUCUCUUUGCUACAGGUGGUGAAUGCAGUGCUGCUCCUGUUUGCAGUGCAGUACCAGUUCCUGCCCAGUGCUUGGCUGGUGUUUACUAUUGUCCUCUAUGAGGGUCUUCUGGGUGGAGCUGCUUAUGUCAACACCUUCUACUUCAUCAGCAAGGAGACUGAAGACAGACAGAGGGAGUUUGCCAUGGCUGCUGCCAGUGUAGGAGACAGUCUGGGCAUAGCUCUGGCUGGACUCACUGCUUUCCCCAUCCACAGAUACUUCUGUUCCCUGUGACCCAGCCCACACACUGACCAGCAGGAUGAAUAAGCAAGACGUGGGUGCGUUCCAUUUGAGGGAUUUAAAAAAAAAAAAAUCUGAUAUGAGUUAGAGACCAUCUGACAAAAGCAGGCUUUACUCCUACAUAAAAAGUAUUGACUCCACAUACUGUAUUCAAUGCAGAUUCCUAAUAACCACCAGUGAGCCAUCCAGAGAGAGGUGGACUCACUUACUGACUUAUCUUUUUCACCCACAUCCACUGAUCAACUAAUGCUGCUUUUUGGGAUACACAUGCCGGGCCAUAUUAUCCCAUGACAAAAGUGGUUUUCAACAGGAAGGCAUGGUAAUAGCUUACUUAACUUUGUUUGCACAAACUGCUUUAAGAGCCUGUCACCUGCAGAGAAAAACUGAUUCUGCUGUCGUAAAAGUAAAGAAAAUGUCCAUAGCUUGUUUUGCAGACCAAUAUUAGUUGUGCACUAACCUCGAUGACAAAUAACAAUGCGUUUCCUGUAGCUGCUUCACAAGAAAAGCCUUCCUGUGGUUAAGCUUUUAAUGUGAAGCAGCGAAAGCAGGACAGGAAAUGUUCAGUUUCCAUCUACUGCAGCCGUAGGUAGUUUUAAAUGAAGAAAUGCAGUAUGAACAACACACAUCUCAAAGAGACAAAGCAUAUGACAUAAUCAGAAUAUUUAUUUUAUUACAUUUACAGUUUAUUUUAACAGUGUUUACUGAUCAGAAAUUUUCUGAAUGACUGGACAGAGUAGAGCAUCUCAUUUUCAAAAAUAGCACCUCCUGUGUCUUUGUCUCAUCAUUAUAGUUUGAAGAGCUUCCUGUUAGGGGACAGCAAGUGUUGAGUCUUUUUUUUUUACAAUAAUGAAGUCUUCAAAAUGAAAAGUGUGUCUCGCUGUUAUUUAGAGCAGGAAUUAUACAAAUGUACCUAGUUCAACUUUAAAACCAAAAUGGUACAAUAAAAUAAUUGGUAAUGAAGGUCUUAAAGCUUAAGGUUUUAAAGCUUACAUUUUUAUUUAUAUUUACUACUAAUGGUGUGAGAUAUUUAAUCUCACACCAACAUUACAUAUUGAUGUUGUGUACUCGAUACAGGUACACAACCGAGGAGCCCAACCAUUGAGUACUGACUGUUGCAACAUCACUACAACAUCGUUUUUGACUUUACACAGUUGAAUUAAUAGUAAUAGAGUUGCUUCUCUGAACAGAAGACUCUGCUUUAUAAAUAAAUAAAAAAAUCCCAUCCAGAAGUUAGAAGUGCCCAGUAGAUGAAAUUGUUUUGUGGUGCCUUCAAGAUUCUCAGAACCAGGUUGAAUCAGGUUAUUGCUUAACUAACUGACAUAUGUUGUUGCUUUUGUUUUGCUUUUCAGUCACUGGCACUGUUAAAACAGGUCAUGAUUGAAGUGACCAAAAAUGUUUCUACCAAAGAUAACAAAGGUCUUUUUAUGUGGAUUAACAUUUUAUUUUACAUAUAUUUUAUAUACUGUAACAAUCUGGAAAACAGGACAAUGUCCAAAGCUUUCAAAUGCAAAUUAUUUUAAAUUUCAAUUAAGUCAGUGACAAGGUGUCUUAACAAAAGACAGUGGGAACAUGUGCCUGUCAACAUUGUUAACAUCAGCUUUCCUGUUUUCUGAAAGUAAUGUAAGUAAACUUGGUUUACUACUAUUUUACAAAUAGUAGUAAUUAUUAAAAUAAUAAUGAUCGAAUAAGAAUCACCAUGUCCUUUGUUCAUAUACACGCCGUUUUCUCUUAAACAUGUCUCAAACACAUACUAAUGUGCACAUUCAUACUGAAAUUUGAACUACCAACAUUUCAUGUUAUGCUGCUACUGUUGAAUGGUCAUAACUGUGUUACAACUUACAGUUGUGUUUUUAAGCUUGGUCUUGUUUGAUCAAACUUUAUACAUCUCCAGAGGUUUUUAAGUGUCAAAUCAAGGCUUAAAAAAUGGACAGAAAGCAUUAAAAUGGGUAUUUGUCAUGUAAAAUAAAAAUGUGAAUACAUUUUGAAGUGCAUUUCAAAAA